GAAUGACAGGGGUUAAGUAAUUUGAUUGCUGAAGUGAGAAUAUAAAGAGAAUAUAAAAGCAGCCUGUAUGCUGUGACAGAUAAAUCAGUGUACAAAAUACCUAUAAUAAGUGAAAGCAUCACAUGGCUACUUAACAGGUGCUUUAGUGUGAGUCAUCUCCCAACAUGUUACAAUGUAUUAUCGCCUGUUAAUGCCCUGUAACAACGUCAUACCUGGACCUGGUAGUAUAUACUUAUGUACAUUGGUUUAGCUUGUCUGCCACUUUCUUGUCUCUCAUAUCAAUGGACAGUCUAGUCGUAAUAGUACUGACCUCAGGACAUUCAAUUGAGGGUCUGUAUAGAGAGAGUACAUUAUCAUUACAAUCAACACUGACAACAGGCUAAUGAAACAGUGCACAUCUAUUCAUCUAAUGGACACAGGAAUAUUUGUAUGGAGUUUCAGUCUCGGGACAUUCAGUGUUGACUUUUAACUUUGACGGAAUUCGGUGUCGACUUUUAACUUUGACGGAAUUCAGUGUCGACUUUUAACUUUGACGGAAUUCAGUGUCGACUUUUAACUUUGACGGAAUUCAGUGUUGGAGUUUCCAUCUUUGAAAUUUCAGUGGAGAUUAUAAGGAUAUUCAAUAUUUUUGGUUUACAGGUGUGAGUUAGGGAACGUUUCUACUUUCACCACGGAGCUGGGAUUUACCAAAUUAAGGGUGGACACAAGGUGUUAUCAUGUCUGGAGUCUGAAUAUAAUUCAGUCAGUUGUGUUUGUACUGGUAGUAUGACCAGCUAACUCAGUAGUGAUAUUGUGUUGAGACUUCUGGAGCUGGCCUUUGAGGCCCUGGCAGUGUACACUUCAACAAAUCUAAGAGGCCCUAUAUAAACAGCUUACAUGUUGUCCUAAAAUCCCAAAUUUUUGAUAGACAAUGAUGGCUGAAAGUUUGGAUAAAGUAAAGAUAAUAGCGAAUGAAGAGACACAAGUAUGUGAAGGGUAUGGCGCUCUGGAAGGACCCGACUUUAGCCGGUAUGAAUCGGUGUAUGGGAAUGUUUUUCCCAAUGAUGUGGAAUACGCCCAUAGAGUUUACGAAGGGGAAUUAGCCAUUGAUGCUGGAUCAACCCCUACUUUAUGUGAGAAGGGGACAAGUGGCUGUUACUUCGUCCGGAACAGAAAGGGUAAAACCAUUGGAGUAUUUAAACCAAAAGAUGAGGAACCUUAUGGGCAGUUAAACCCGAAGUGGACAAAAUGGAUGCAUAAGCUUUGUUGUCCAUGUUGUUUUGGACGAAGUUGUCUUGUACCAAACCAGGGAUACUUAUCAGAAGCAGGGGCUAGUGUAGUUGACCAGAAACUCCAGUUAAAUAUAGUUCCAAAAACAAAAGUAGUUAAAUUAGCCAGUGAUACGUUUAAUUAUAAUGCAAUAGACAGAGCAAAAUCUAGAACAAAGAAAAACAUUCUGGAAAAGCUGCCAAAUGUGGGACGACAUUUUCAUAGAAUAGGCUUACCACCAAAGACAGGAUCAUUCCAGUUUUUUGUCAACAACUACAAAGAUGCUGACUUCUGGCUACGAAAGUUUGACAAUGAGGAUUUACCUAUUUCUACAGCAACACGACUUCAGCAUUUAUUUGAACGACUUGUAGUACUAGAUUACAUAAUCAGAAAUACUGACAGAGGAAAUGAUAACUGGCUUAUACGCUACGAACCUGUCACAUCACAUGGACAGUCCGAGGAGGAAAGUGAGUGGAACUUUGUAGAUAAUCCAGUCAUCUCUGUUGCUGCAAUAGACAAUGGAUUAGCAUUCCCUUUUAAACAUCCUGACGAGUGGCGAGCAUAUCCCUACCAUUGGGCAUGGCUACCCCAGGCUAAGGUACCCUUCUCAGAGGAGAUCCGCGAUCUUGUCCUGCCCCAGCUAUCAGACAUGAACUUCGUCCAGGACCUAUGUGAUGACCUGUGGGAGUUAUUUAAGACUGACAAAGGUUUUGAUAAAAGGACGUUUGAGUGCCAGAUGUCUGUGAUGCGAGGCCAGAUACUUAAUCUUACACAAGCUCUGAAGGAUAAGAAGUCCCCAGUACAACUUGUACAAAUGCCUGUGGUUACUGUUGAACGUAACAAAUCUGCCAGUGGACGCUCUCGGACAGAGAGCGAGACUUUCACACAGAGCUUCUCCCAUAGAGCACCUUUCUUUUCCUGGUGCUGAGAUAAACUCAAAACAGCAAGUUGACACUAAAUGAUGUCCGGAGACUGUCAGCACAUUAAGUCUUGUCUGGAGAUCAUCAGGAUAAUAAAUCUUGUCUGGAGAUCGUCAGGAUAAUAAAUCUUGUCUGGAGAUCGUCAGGAUAAUAAGUCUUGUCUGGAGAUCGUCAGGACAAUAAAUCUUGUCUGGAGAUCGUCAGGAUAAUAAGUCUUGUCUUGAGAUCGUCAGGAUAAUAAGUCUUGUCUGGAGAUCAUCACGAUAAUAAGUCUUGUCUGGAGAUCGUCAGGAUAAUAAGUCUUGUCUGGAGAUCGUCAGGAUAAUAAGUCUUGUCUGGAGAUCGUCAGGAUAAUAAAUCUUGUCUGGAGAUUGUCAGGAUGAUAAGUCUUGUCUGGAGAUUGUCAGCACAUUAAGUCUUGUCUGGAGAUCGUCAGGAUGAUAAGUCUUGUGAGGACAAUAAGUCUUGUCUGGAGAUCGUCAGGAUAAUAAGUCUUGUCUGGAGAUCGUCAGGAUAAUAAGUCUUGUCUGGAGAUCGUCAGGAUAAUAAGUCUUGUCUGGAGAUCGUCAGGAUAAUAAGUCUUGUCUGGAGAUCGUCAGGAUAAUAAAUCUUGUCUGGAGAUCGUCAGGAUAAUAAGUCUUGUCUGGAGAUCGUCAGGAUAAUAAGCAGUGUUCGGAGAUUGUCAGGAUAAUAAAUCUUGUCUGGAGGUCGUCAGGAUGAUAAGUCUUGUCUGGAGGUCGUCAGGAUGAUAAGUCUUGUCUGGAGGUCGUCAGGAUAAUAAGUCUUGUCUGGAGGUCUUCAGGAUAAUAAGUCUUGUCUGGAGAUCAUCACGAUAAUAAGUCUUGUCUGGAGAUCGUCAGGAUAAUAAGCAGUGUUCGGAGAUUGUCAGGAUAAUAAAUCUUGUCUGGAGGUCGUCAGGAUGAUAAGUCUUGUCUGGAGGUCGUCAGGAUAAUAAGUCUUGUCUGGAGGUCGUCAGGAUAAUAAGUCUUGUCUGGAGGUCUUCAGGAUAAUAAGUCUUGUCUGGAGAUCAUCACGAUAAUAAAUCUUGUCUGGAGACUGUCAGCACAUUAAGUCUUGUCUGGAGGUCGUCAGGAUGAUAAGUCUUGUCUGGAGGUCGUCAGGAUAAUAAGUCUUGUCUGGAGGUCGUCAGGAUAAUAAGUCUUGUCUGGAGGUCUUCAGGAUAAUAAGUCUUGUCUGGAGAUCAUCACGAUAAUAAAUCUUGUCUGGAGACUGUCAGCACAUUAAGUCUUGUCUGGAGAUCGUCAGGACGAUAAGUCUUGUCUGGAGAUCGUCAGGAUAAUAAGUCUUGUCUGGAGAUCAUCACGAUAAUAAGUCUUGUCUGGAGGUCGUCAGGAUAAUAAGUCUUGUCUGGAGGUCUUCAGGAUGAUAAGUCUUGUCUGGAGGUCGUCAGGACAAUAAGUCUUGUCUGGAGACUGUCAGCACAUUAAGUCUUGUCUGGAGAUCGUCAGGACAAUAAGUCUUGUCUGGAGAUCGUCAGGACAAUAAGUCUUGUCUGGAGAUCGCCAGGAUAAUAAGUCUUGUCUGGAGGUCGUCAGGAUAAUAAAUCUUGUCUGGAGAUCGUCAGGACAAUAAGCAGUGUUCGGAGAUUGUCAGGAUAUUAAGCAGUGUUCCGAGAUUGUCAGGAUGAUAAGCAGUGUUCCGAGAUUGUAAGGAUAAUAAGCAGUCUUAUCUGGUAUUUAAGCUACAUAUUCUCUGAAGUAAUCAUGAUUGUCUCUUGACAUUGUAAAACAAUUGAAAUUUUUGGCAUGGAAUAUACUUUUUCUAUGUCCAUAAAAAUUCUUUCAAUUCAUGAGAGUACAAAUAAUCAUAAUUUCCAUACUUGAGUGUUAGAAAGAAACUGUUGACCUUGGAGAUACUAUCUUUCUAUGUUUAGGCCUCGAUAGACUGGCUGGAAGCAAAGGAGUGAAAUUCUAUUAUCUUUCCUAGAUACAACGAUAUUCUUUGUAAUGAAACAGGACAGAUUUAUCUCCAGCAAAUAUGAUGAUACAGCUGAAAAGAUAGAAUUAUUUUUAAAUCUUAUCUUUCAUUUGAACUGAAUUGAACAAUGCCAAAUUAUCACAUUUUACCUAUGGCAGAAAAAAGAUUGAAGAAGUAUCUAGAAGAUAUGUGUCACAAGGAUUUCAAAUAUUUCUUUUCCAGGUUUACAGAGAUAUACAGAGGUAGGAACACUUGGAGUAAAAAGCUCAAACAAAUUAUCCUACAUGGAUAUAUCUAACAUGUCGACUGUGUCCACCAUGUUCCUUUAAUGUCAAAUCUGUACAAUUCUCAUUGUAACUGCUGAAUGCUGUAUCAUUGCACAUCUCUCAUAUAGAUUAACAAGUCAUUUAUUAUCAGUUCUUUGUGUGUGAAGUUCAUUAAUUUCAAAAUAUGAUUCCAUGUUAUCAAUGAUCCAAGCAUUUUUUAUCUCAGCUUAAAUGGCCAGAUUGUCGGGGGCUUAAAUUAUCACUGGUUGUAUUUCAUUUCAAAACAAUUGUAUCUGUUAAGUUAAGUUGGAUAGAAAGGUAUCUAUGCAAAGUCAUGGUGGCUGCAAUGAUAAUGUUAUUGUGUGGUAUUACAAAUUUUAUCAGGAAUAAAUACUUACCAUACAUCAGAUUUGUGAAAUUUUUUAGAGCCAAUUUUCUUGAUUUUUUUUUUUUUUUUAAUUUUGAAGAUAGUUUUACAAUAUUAUUUUGCUGUUUUAGAAUUAACUGACUUUAGGAAAUGCUGAGAAACUUUCCUACUGGACAAAAGUCGCUAUAUGAUUUAGAAUACUCUGACUCAUAACUAUACUUUGGGGCCAAAAAUCAAUGAGAUCUCAUUUUACAUAAUGGAUAAAAACAAUCAAUAUCAUAUAUAACAGUCAAAGACUGAGGAAGUGGGAUUUUGAAUACAUCUUUCACAUUUUCAUUCAUUUGUGAUUUUUUUUUACAAAAACUAUGUUUCUAAUCAAAUAUGAUUUGAAAAAUGAUUAUUCAUCUUUAAAUCAUGUUCCCUAUUUCUAGUUUGACAAUUUAAUGUGUAAUUAUCACAAAUCAUCUGCUCCUUUAGUAGUUGAGUUCGGUUUGAAUGCAUUUACAAGGUAAAUAAUUAUAAAAUGUGAUUAGUUACAGCUACAACUUCCGUGCAGGGAAUACAUGUACUAGUUUAGGGUCAGAAAUCCAUCUAUGUUUACAGAGUCCAUUAGGGCAGACAAUCAUAGUGAGACAGGUUAUAGAUUAUACUGUAAUGAUAUCCUAUGUUGGGAUAUCUUAUCAUUUCAUCACUCUUAAAUGAACGUUUUUAUAUGACACACUUGAAAAAGAAACAAUAUGAUUUAUUUGGUUUUAGAAGGGAAAAGUAUUAAAAAUAAUGAAGUACCAUACAGGUAUUUUAUUGAUAAUUUAAUCUUCUCUAUAGCUACUUUCUGUAUAUAUAUACAGUUGUAUUUUUUUAAACAUGCAGUGGUUUUAGCUAACCUGGACCGAAGGUAAAUUGAGGUUACUUCUUUAAAACCAUGCUAGUCCUGAGCAACUGAAUGGAUUUUGAUGAAAUUUGAUCUUGAUCAUUAUUGGCCAAAGAUAUCUAACAUUGUAUAAACAGAGUGUGUGGAUCCGCUGGGGCUGGAGGGGCAGGAUUCAAUAGGGGAAAUUGCGGUAAAUCCUAUAAAUCCCUACCAAUCCUGAAUGCCUGCAUGAAUUUUGAGGAAAUAUGGUCUGGAUCAUUAUUGGGUAAAGAUCUAACAUUGUAUAAAUGGAGGAUGUGGCUCCCUUGGGGCCAUAGGGCUGGGGCCGAAUAGGGGAUAUAGAGGUAUAUCGUUUAAAUCGCUACUUGUCCGGAACAAUUGAAGGGAUUUUGAUGAAAUUUGAUCUGGAGUAUUGUUGGCCAAAUGAGAUCUAAUGUUGUAGGGGGAGAAAGGGGGCCCAAUAGUGGAAAAUAUGGCAAAAGAAACUUCAGAAUCCUUUUCCUUUUUCAAGAAUGGCAGGAUUUUGUCCACUUGUAAUUUGAAGCAUUGUUGGAAGGGGCAGUUUAUAAGAAGGAAAAUAUUUAAAAUAUCACUUAAAUUAGAGUAUCCUGCCAUAAUAUAAAUUACUGAAAUAUCCAGGUGAGUGAUGCAGGCCCUCGGAGCCUUUUGUUAUCAUUAAAGAUGUUUUUUUUGUAUUAUUACCCUACAGAAUAAGUGAUAUUACCAUGUAUCUUAUUUACCAACAUAAACUGUUACAUUGAGUCUUGUUUGUAUGGUUUUCACCCUAUUAUAUGAUAACUGUACCUAAUAACAAUGUUAAGGGAUCUUUAUCCACAGUUUUGUCAUAUAUAUGAACAGAUCAAUGCUUCUAUCAUAAUUGUACCAUAACUUUGCCAAGUUCAUAUUUAGCCCACCUGGCCCGAGGUCUUGGCGUGGCAUCCGUCGCCAUUUGUCUUUUGUCCAUUCAUCCAGUGUCAAAUUUUCCAUUCAAACAACUUCUCCUUAACCUGGAGGAAGCCAUAAGAAGACCUAUGAUUAGACAGAUCUUUUUUCAUAAACUUAUAAACAAAGAGAUUUGAGGGAUGGCGAAAACCAAUGGUACACAUAGCCAUUGUCAGUGGUUGCCUUGGUAACCAAAAGAAGCCCUGAUUUCGAUGAAUCCUGUACAGACUUACUCCUAACUUGUUAACCAAUUAAAAACUACAGACGACUUUUAGGAACCAUAGUAAAUGGUCUGUACUAUCAUUUGCCCAUAUGGUAUACUUCUAAUUGUGUAGCUAUAACUAUUUUUCUCUAUUUCACCAAAAGUAUUUUCAUUUGUGCAAUUGAUGAUAGUAUGAAUUUUAAGAUGGUUUUUACCGUUAAAAUCAUGCCAUAUAUCAGCCAGAAUUUUACACUGGUUCAUUCAAUUGUUGCCUUUAUACACAGGGUGUCAGUUUAAAUUUGAUUACUUGCUAUUUUUUGAUUUGAAAGAAAAACUCAAUCGGUGGAUGUUGUACAUCGCUAUGAUGUUAAUUGUGAGGAGAGAUGAAUGUCGAUGCUUACUGUAUGGUGAUUGUUGUUACUAUGGUAACACAGUAUUGAAUAAAUUAAGUUGAAAUUAAA